GACGUGCGGAUCGACAACCGGCGCCAUGGUGUCCAGGUCGGGGAGUGUCCGGCGUGCGUACCGGGUGCCACGCUCCUUCAUGGAACGGGCCACGGUCACUGCCACGCUGGUAGUGUGGGGAGCGUUCUUCAUGGUGUUGGCCGUGCGCCAGCCGCGGCCGCCGCCGAUGCCAGAGCCGGUCAGCCUCGAGCCGGGCGCCAUCCCGGACGAGGUGCCCUACAUCCCGGCCGAGGACCCGUCCUUUGUCACCGACGACAUCUGGGGAGAAGUCGGCGCCGACCAGGCGCAGCCGGCCAAGCGUGAGGCGCCGCUGGUGGCUGGCUCGACGGCCGAGGGCGUCACGGGCAGCACCACGGCCCCCACGGAGCCGGCUCAGUCCGCGGCGGCACUGGCACAACCGGCAAAUGCACCAGCACAGCCUGCGGCGGCGCCGCUGCCGUCGCCGCCCCCCUCGGUGCCUCCCGGCAGCUCUACUGGUCUCAGCUGUUUCACGGCCCGCUCUUCUGCCAGCCAGCGGAGCUUCUCGGAGCCGGAGAAGAGUGUGUUCCGUCGGCUUUUCGACUGGGCUGAGAAGCCCACCGGCUCCUGUAAACGGCUGCUGAAGUUCGGCGGCGCGGUCACGUCGGCCGGCUGUCUGAAGCUGGGCGACCGGUUCGCCUGUCUGGACCCGCCCAUGCGGCUGGCCACCUCCAAACAGUGUCUGGUCUAUGCGUUCAGCGUGCAGGCCGAGUGGAGCUUCGCUGAGGCCAUGGUGCAGCUGGGCUGCGAGGUGCACGCCUUCAGCCCGCGUCUGGACCUGCCGAAGCAGCAUCAGCCGGCCGGCGUCACCUUCCACCAGAUCGGCGUCGGGCGCAAUAACCACACCAACGUCAACGGGUGGCACAUCCACACGCUGGACCAGGUGGUGCGCAUGCUGGGCCACAUCGGCCGGCCUAUCAGCUACCUCCAGCUGGACAUCGAGGGCAGCGAGCUGGACAUGCUGUCGCAGCAGCUGCUGGACGGCAGCGGCGAGUUCGUGCUGGAUGCGGUGGAGCAGAUCGGACUGGACGUCCACCUGCGGCUCGACCCGCGGCCGGAGAUGGACUUCUAUCGGACUGCGAGCCGGGCAGUAGGGCUGCUGCGGCGGGUCGGCUUCAACGUGGUCCAGUGGGACUACAACAAGGUGGCGAGGCAGCGGUUCAUGUUCCCGGGCGUGGAGCGGCCCGUCAGCCUGCUGUACGAGAUCCUGCUGGUCAAGAACGGACCGGACACCUGGGACAGGUCAACCCGAGGUCAAAAGUCCGCCGCUAAGCCAGACGUGACGGCGAACCUGGUGCAAACGUAG